GUGUUAUUUUAUUGACGUAACGCCUGUAAAAAGGUGUUCUAUCGGUCUAUAACAAAUUAUUCGACAGGUUUCAGGAUAAACUAAUUUAAGCGAUGGUGACAGGCUAAAUAUACUGAGUAAUAUUUAACUGGCUGGAAGAAAAACAGGAGUGUGGUUAUGUCAAACACAGUAGUAUGAUGUUAAAUUGCUUAGAAAGGAGUCAGAGUUUCCAUAAACAAGUCUUUGAGCUGGCUGGACCGAUACUAUGGAAGUUCCUGGAAGUGUCAGUGUAAUGCAGAUGAAAGUCCACAGCAGCAAGUCUAAUGGACACCAACAACUGCUGAGAUGAACUAACCAGGUAUCAAAUGGUUUUGAAAACCUUCAAUCAUGGGUGAUAUGAAGACACCUGAUUUUGAUGAUCUCUUGGCUGCCUUUGACAUCCCUGAUGCGACCAGUCUGGAUGCCAAAGAAGCCAUUCAUGGGAAUCAAGAUGAGGGAGAGGGACACCUGAAGCACUCAGAGAUGUGUAUGGAUGCCACGGUUUUGAUCCCUCACCCAGUGCCUACAACUGAUGUCCCUGCUGUCAGUGUUAUAGUAAAGAACACCAGUCGUCAGAACUCCUAUGAAAAUCUUGUGGAGAAGGAGAGCUCUCAUUUGGGGCAGCUUUUACAAAAUGGUUUCAAAACUUCUGCAGGGUCACUGGAGACACAUCUCUCUAGCUAUCCAAGGCUGGAUAGCUCUUCUGUCAAUGGGGACUGUUCAAGACAUUCCUUGGAAAAAAUACCCACCCUCUACAAGGCUGAAAAAGUUCCUACUCUAUCAGCGUCUAUGCCUCAAUUUAGCCCAAUAUCUAGCCCGGAAUCUGAAGACAUUCAAAGCAAUGGAAUCAAUGACCGUCCAAAAUCUGCAAAGACAUUGUACUUCUCGUCUAAUUCACUCUUUAAAUCUUCGGCUCUUCCUGUUUUAGACAGUCAUGGAAAUCCAGAUGCAUCCACCUUGACAGACAAGUGCAAUGAAAGACAUCAUGGUUCAAAAGGUGUGGAUGAUCUCGAGUGUGAUGGCUCAUCAAAAAAUUAUGAUUCUGUGACUGAGAGGGACUGCAUCCAAGAUUGUGUAACAAAUGCAUAUUCAACCCCUGAGGCGACUAGUCCUUCUUCCCGUCCAUGCGACAAAGCUCAUUCUUCCAGAUUGUCCUCUUGUCUUGAUGCAUUAGUAGCCCUAAAUGCUAAAAAGGAUCCUGGUGGGCAAACUAAUUCAAGGGACUUUCCAGUUACCCCAAAAGAGACCAUGAAAAUUAGUCCAAAAAUACCCAUUUCGCCAAGGAGCCCAAGAAGUCCUCUGGAAGUGGUGAAACGUUUCGUGAAACAGCCUGACAGCCCAACGAGUAUAUGCAGUGACAGCAGUGGCAAAGCAUCUCCAGCUGUCGCUACUGGCUCGCCUCCAGCCAUCCCACGAGUCAGAAUAAAGACAAUCAAAACCUCAUCUGGAGAAAUCAAACGCACCGUCACAAGCAUAUUGCCUGACUCUGAGACCGAAGAUCUCACGUCACCGUUUGGGUCUUCGCCAUCUCAGUCCUCAGUUGAAGAUGCCUUCUCGAAAACAUUGCCUGUGUAUCAUUCAAAUGAUAUCAAUUCGGAGGUCAUUUUUGAAGAUGGAAAUCAGGAAGCCUCGAAGAACGCUUUAUUGGGGAGCAAAUCCACCCCGAAAUUGGUAAGGAGCUCAAAGAAACCUCAAACCCAAAAUAAUAGUCAUAACUUAAAGACAACACAUGGUGGAAACAAGCAAAGGAAGGCUUCUUCUGCUCAGAUGGGUUCUUCUGCUAAUACAAACUACCUUCCAAAGGCAUUACACUUAGCAAACCUAAAUCUAGUCCCACAUAGCGUGGCUGCCUCGGUUACAGCAAGGUCUUCCACUAACAGACAGGAGCCCUCUCAGUUAUCAUCGUCAAUGGUGUGCAGUUCUGUACCAUUGGUGCAUCAAGUUAAAAAAGUAUCCCCAAACACACGAGCUGUUGUCUCAAAUACUGCAGCUGGAACCUUAAACAGACUGUUGAAUUACUCAAACCCAGUGCCAACAUAUGUUCCUGACCUGAGUCCACCACCAGGCACCAAUAUCAAGCUCCCACCGCAAGGCUAUUGCUGCCUAGAAUGCGGAGACUCGUUCGGGCUGGAAAAGAGCCUUUCUUAUCAUUACAGCCGGAGGAGUGUGCAUAUUGAAGUCGCAUGCACGCACUGCUCCAAAACAUUGGUGUUUUUCAAUAAAUGUGCUCUCCUGGCACAUGCUCGUGAACACAAGAACAAAGGUAUGGUGAUGCAGUGCACUCAGUUGUUCAUGAAGCCCAUUGCUGUUGACCAUAUGUUGAUACCCACCAAACCUAAGCAGUCCGUGAAUCAGAUCCCUUGCGGGAGCAACACCACGGAGUCAUCCAAAGGCCAAGCAGUCUUACCACUUUAUCCCGACAAAGUUAUUAGGCAUGGAUUCAAAUGUCUGGACUGUAAUAAACAGAUGUCAGACUACACAGCACUUGCAGGUCAUUAUCAGAGAUCAUCGGAGGCUGAAGGUCUGAUGUGCAAGGUUUGCUCAAUGCUGCUACCCAACAAGUGCAGCUACAGGGCCCAUCAACGCAUUCACACACACAAAUCCCCUUAUUGCUGUCCUGAAUGUGGGGCACUCAGUCGCUCGGCGGACAUCCAGAAGCAUGUGAAAGAGAAUUGUCUCCAUUUUGCCCGUAAAAUUGGGUACUCGUGUCUGCAUUGUGAAAUGCUUUUCAUGUCACUGUCCCUCUUGAAGAGUCACAUUGAGGAGAAGCAUUGUCAGGUCUUCUAUAAGUGCACUAUAUGUCCUGUAGCCUUCAAAACUUCUGACGGCUGUCUGAUGCAUGUAAAAAACAAGCAUGGCGGCAGUGAACCCAGCCAUCAGGUGAUCUACAAGUGUUCCUGUGAAACAGUCUUUAAGAGGAAGCAGCUGUUGUUUCAACAUUUUCAUCAUCGUAUUUGCGUGUUCAAGUGUCCAGAGUGCACUUCAUUCUUCCCAGAGAAACUACUUUUGGUGCAACACUUCAAGGCUAUUCAUGGUGGCGUUUUCAGAGGUGAAGCAGAAAAAAGCCCUAAAAAGACAGAGACGAUAUCUUUCUCUAAUAAAUUGUCACCACAAACCCCCCAACCAAGGUUGACCAAACCGGUUAAGGAGGCCAGCAUGAAGGGAAGAGAGAGUUCUGCUGCACAGAAGUCAAGUGCUGGAGAUAGCAUGAAGAACACUGGUUGGACCUGUGGAGAAUGCCUCCUGUGGGUCCCUGACAGGGAGACCUUCGUCAAUCACAUGAAGACCAGCCAUGGCAGGUCUGUAAAGAGGCAUCCUUGUCGACAAUGUGAAAGGUCCUUUAAUUCAUCCUUGAGUCUUAAACGACACCUUCGCAGUGACCACGAUGGGAAAAAGAAGGUUUACACAUGCUGGUACUGUACAAAUGAGAGGAUAUCCUUCACUAAACACUCUAUGCUUAAGAACCACAUCAGCUUGAUGCAUGGAAUCAAGAACCCAGAUUUCAGCCAGAUGGCAAAGCCAGCAUCUCGGGAGGUGGGCAAACCCACAGGCCAGGUAAUCACAAAUACUUCAUUUAUUUAUUUUAUAGAAACAUUUCUUCAAGUACUGCGUGUACAACUAUACUUCCUCUUUCAAAAGCCGAAAAGAAGAGCGGAGGAGGCCCAUGGAGUUGCAGGAAAUGAGGGAACAUCAUACAACACCCCUGCCAAGCGGCCUAAGCCACUUUAUCGCUGCGCCAAAUGUGGCUUUACCUCUGAAAACCAGGCCCAGUUUCAGGAACACAUACCUCAACACAGAACCGAUAGCGACACACCCCAGUGCCAACACUGCGGCCUUUGUUUCACAUCUCAGCUAGCUCUCAGCAGACACCUCUUCAUUGUACACAAGGUCAAAGAACCAGAGGAGCAUGAGGAGACAGGGAAAGGACGAGAAAACUCAACAGACUUGAGCGAUGAAACUGUACCUCUUUUGCCAAAAAAGACUGGUCUGUCCACAGUGGAGGAGCAAUGCAAACUCCACACCGAGCCCACAGACAGCAACAACACACAGGCAUCAGAAACAAGUGGAUUUGAGGAAGAAAAGGACUGAAUAGAAGAAAGGACUCCAGUGGAAAGCUGCUAAUCAACUUAAUUGCAAGCAUGUGAUCGCAGAAUAUGCAGCUUAUAAAUGUGGUACUGCAAACAUGUUGCCUUACAGUCAAAUACUAUAUCUCAAGUCACAUAUAUCACAUAUAUUAAAUAAUGUUUCAUUCAGAAUUUCAUUGCAUUAUUUGGAUUAAAUUAACUGUUACAUUCAUGCAAAUAAUUGUCACUUUUUACUGUUUGCUUGUUCAUCCUAUGUAUGUGGAUAAUCAUAAUUUAUUUUUGUGUAAUUGCAAAAGCAUCAUGUCAGUGUGUUUCAAUGUUUCUUUACAGAGCAAUUGUUUGUUUUUGUUCAUGUGCCAUGUCAAAUCUGUCUUGGGUACAUUACAAUGCAGGAAAUAUUAUGUAUGUUACAUAUCGUAGCCAUAAGUGGGACAGUCAUGUAAUAUUAUGGCUGUUUUCAGGGUCACCAAAAAUGUUGAAGCCCCUUUGAUGGUCAAUAGUUGGUGGUGAUUAUGGUGUGCUGGUCUUGAAGGAAGGGCAUGUCUGAUGAUGUUUAUUUUAUAUGUAUUAGGUAGUGUACUUGUAUCACAAAGCUAAACAUCUGUAACAGUAUUUGCUACUAUGGAGAUUACAUUAUUCUGAAAGGUAUUCACUUAAACCCAGGUAUCUGCACUCAGAGAAAAUAUAUUUUCAUAUUCAUUCCAUGUAGAUUACUCAUUUAUAUUCAAUGAGCCAUUCUUACAAUCAAAUUUAGCACUUUUUUAAAUGCUUGUAUGGAAAAAAGAAUAAGAAUUUACAUAUUAAAGACAUCAGAGACUCAACUUUA